AGUUCGGGAGACCCUGAGUGUACGACUGAGUGUGUGAGAAAGACUCUGUGUGUGUGUGUGUGUGUGUGUGUGUGUGUGUGAGAGAGAGAGAGAGAGAGAGAGAGAGAUAGACAGAGACCCCUAGGGUCUGGUGUUGGCUUUGUGAGUGUGCGAGACCCUGAGGUAGGGUCUUUUAAGUGAGAAAAACCACGGGUGUGAGAGAGCCUUCGUGGGUGUGUGAGGGAGAGAUCGUGAGGGUGAGAGACUAGGAAUAAGUUGUUCCGAGAGAGAGAGAGAGAGACGCCGAUUGUGAGAAACAACCUGUGCUGUGAGACACGCUCGUGUCAUAACUGUCAGGAGAUAUUUGUGAAACAUUUUGAAAAUUCUCCACUGAGCGCUAAGCCAACAGCCUGGUCAUCAUGUUGUGUAAUGAGAUAGACUGGCCACAACAGAUAAAUGGAAUUUGCACUUGCUGUAGAGACUUCAUUUUCUUCUCAGUAGUUUACCUGAUGAAUCAGUUUAUAAAAGUGUGAUUUUUGUGACAGGCUAUUGCUAAAUUGCUGAGGCUGGCUUUGAACUUGCAGUCCUUCUGCCUCAGCCUCCCAAGUGACUGGAAUUACAGGCAUGUGCCAACAUACCUAAAUGCAUUUUAUCUGGGCUUAACACUGUUAUUUCAAGAUUGGACCUUAUCAGGCUAGUGUAAACACAGUUGUGCGGGAACCAUUUGUCAUGGAAGCCAGAGAGAUUGUGAACCCCGUACCCAGCUACCAUCUCAUCCCUGAGGCCAGCCAGCCCAGGGUGGAAGAAGAUGUCAGCUUGCCACCUCAAGUUCCCUCAGAAGCCAUGCAGCUGAAGAAGGAGAUCUCUCUGCUGAAUGGGGUCAGCCUGGUGGUGGGCAACAUGAUUGGCUCAGGGAUCUUCGUCUCACCCAAGGGGGUGCUGGUAUACACUGCCUCCUAUGGGUUGUCACUGGUCGUGUGGGCCAUUGGUGGGCUCUUCUCUGUUGUGGGCGCCCUUUGCUAUGCAGAACUGGGGACCACUAUCACCAAGUCAGGGGCCAGCUAUGCUUAUAUUCUAGAGGCCUUUGGGGGCUUUAUUGCCUUCAUUCGCCUAUGGGCCUCACUGCUAAUCAUUGAGCCCACCAGUCAGGCCAUCAUCGCCAUCACCUUCGCCAACUACAUCAUCCAGCCCUCCUUCCCCACCUGUGAUCCCCCGUACCUGGCCUGCCGUCUUCUUGCUGCUGCUUGCAUAUGUCUGCUGACAUUUGUGAACUGUGCCUAUGUCAAGUGGGGCACACGAGUACAGGACACGUUCACUUACGCCAAGGUCCUAGCCCUCAUUGCCAUCAUUGUCAUGGGCAUUGUUAAACUGUGCCAGGGACGCUCUGAGCACUUUCAGGAUGCCUUUCAGGGUUCCUCCUGGGACAUGGGAAACCUCUCUCUUGCCCUCUACUCUGCCCUCUUCUCUUACUCAGGUUGGGACACCCUUAAUUUUGUAACAGAAGAAAUCAAAAACCCAGAAAGAAAUUUGCCCUUGGCCAUUGGGAUUUCUAUGCCAAUUGUGACGUUUAUCUACAUCCUGACCAACGUGGCCUAUUACACAGUGCUGAACAUUUCGGAUGUCCUUAACAGUGAUGCAGUGGCUGUGACAUUUGCUGACCAGACAUUUGACAUGUUCAGCUGGACCAUCCCUAUUGCUGUUGCCCUGUCCUGCUUUGGGGGCCUCAAUGCAUCUAUCUUUGCUUCAUCAAGGUUGUUCUUCGUGGGCUCACGUGAGGGCCACCUCCCAGAUCUUCUGUCUAUGAUUCACAUUGAGCGUUUUACACCCAUCCCAGCUUUGUUGUUCAAUUGUACCAUGACACUCAUCUACCUCACCGUGGAGGAUGUUUUCCUGCUCAUCAAUUACUUCAGCUUCAGCUACUGGUUCUUUGUGGGUCUGUCUGUUGUUGGACAGCUCUACCUUCGCUGGAAGGAGCCCGAUCGGCCCCGGCCACUCAAGCUGAGCCUAUUUUUUCCCAUCGUGUUCUGCAUAUGCUCCUUGUUUCUGGUGAUUGUGCCUCUCUUCAGUGACACCAUCAAUUCUCUCAUUGGCAUUGGGAUUGCCCUCUCCGGGGUCCCUGUCUACUUCGUGGGUGUUUACCUUCCAGAAUCCCGGAGGCCUCUCUUUCUUCGGAAUGUUCUGGCUACCAUCACCAGAAUCACCCAGCAACUUUGCUUUUGCGUCCUGACUGAGCUAGAUGUAACUGAAGAGAAAAAGGUUGAGAGGAAAACUGACUAGAGGCUAGAGGUGACAUUCCCUGAGGCCUGGAAAGCUGGCCACCUGUGGCCAUAACCACCAAAGUCCAGAUAACAAGACUAUGUGGGCCUAGCCCUCCUGAAUUAAAGGAGCCUAUUGAGCCACAUUCUGUAAGGGGACUCAGGGCCAGUGCUCACUCAUUGGUAAGCUAUGGGAGGAGACUCAGGGUUGGGGUACCUGAAGGUGGGGACCUCAGGGUAGAGUGGGGGGGGUUGGGGAACAGGGGAAUGGUUGUUUAGUUUUCCAGGGUGAGUAGGUGCACCCCUGACAUACUGGGUAAGUUGCUGCAGAGGAGAGGAAGUGCUAGAUUGAUGGCUCUGAUUGUGGUUCACAGCAUGUGAAGUUUGAACCAAAAGUCUCUAAAGUGAGGAUACUUUAUGGGAGCUUUCCUCUGACCAGGUGCAACCUCCUGAUGUUAGAGGCUCAAAAUGCUACUAUUUCUUCCUCUGGCUCAGAAUUCUUCCCUGGGGAGAGGGUUAUAUUCCUUGUUUGUUUGGGGGGAGGCACAAACAGCAAGCUUUAUUUAACUGAUGUGGGAAUGUGUCUCCCCUUUCCUGAAUUCCACAAGAGAAAUACCAUUCUGUGUAAUGGAACUUCACACUCAAACAAUAAGCUUGACAGGAGGAAGGCUGUUCAUGGUCUCAACAGUGGCCACUGAAGUUCCAUAUUGUCAAGGUUGACUUCUCAUUUGUGUCCAUGUGCUUGGGGAGCCACAGGAUUUUGCUGUAUACAGAUUAGCCUUCUUUUGAAGGAGGUCCUGCCUGUCUGACUGAAUUUCCCUGGAACACAUUUGCACUUAUGGUCAAAAUCCUUAAGAAAAGAGGCAAGCUUCUGGCUCUGAAUUGAGUUGAUUUUGGCCACCUGCCUACCUGUACCUUCCUAGCUGGAACCAUGAUGCUUUGGCAGAGGCUGCAGUCCCAAAACAAGGGCUGGGGAAGACCUCCCUGUUCCAGCUAACGGGGAGUAGCUCUGUGGCUAACUGGACACUGCCACUGCUACCACCAAAUUCAAAUUCCAGUAUUCCUUUACUAAUUGAUAUUUAACCUGGAACACCAAUUCUAGCAAAAGAAUGUUCAUCCAUGUAUAGGAAAUAAUAGUCUGUGUUUAAAAAUUCAAAAUACCCCAAACUGAGUCUCUCUGCCCUGAGAUGUCUCAAUGUGGUGGUAAAUCAGAUUCUAAUAAUAGAUUUUAUGUUCACUUUCACACAAUCUUCAGUUGAGUCUUACCUGCAAAAGUGAACUUUAAGGAUUUUUAAAAUCAUGGACAUAUACUUUAGUUUAUAGAUAGGUCUUGUGUUACUAGCAACUGGCUCAGGUCUGACAAGUAGAUAUGAACAAAUUUAUGAGUCAGAAAUCUGGUAAUACUAGUAUUUUUGAGGAUAAUCUUUAUUUUAUUGAAACCUUAGGUCAUUGUUCUAGUUGAUACAGUUAAUCUCUGGGUUUCUGGUAUGAAGUUUAAGAGGGCUGAAAUGUUCUGGAAUUCAGGAGGGUCACCUGAAUUCUAUCCACUAUCAGUAAUUUGGGGGAACAUCUUAUGGACCCAAGUCAUCAAAUAACUUGUUCCUUUCUGAAAGGGCCAGUGUGAGGGACUGCUGUGCAGACCCAAGCAAGCCCACUCUGGUGCUGAAAGAGUCAUUUUCUUUUUCUGAAAACCUCACACCAGGCUGCAUCCUGGGUUCUGUUAUUGGCACCAGGCUUUGUUUACACUCCAAGCUGCCUCAGGGUGGGUCACAGGGAUAGUGCACUCCUUUCCUGCCUACCUUCCCUUGCCCCUGAGGCCUUGCAGGCCUGCAGUAUCAGGAAGCACUUGGUACUUGUGGGACUUCUAUUUUUUUUCCUGUGGAGAUCAGUGAAGAUUCUAGGGGAAAAGCUGCUUCAACCUCAAUCUGGCACCUCAGCUAACUUUCAAGAAUGGAAAGCAACUAACUUUGGUGCUUAAGCUGGGCCACCAGGUCAGUCCAGAGCAGCAGGUUUGGCCUAAUGGGAUCUUCCUUCAUGGCUGCAUUGGAUUAUACAACUGUUCUGGGAUGCCCCCAGAUACUGUCAUCUUAGACCCAGAAGAACUUGUUGAUCUGGCACAUCCCAUGGACAUGUUGUCCUUAGAUUUUGGAAUUGGUCGACAAUGAAGACAAGAACUGUGGGGCAAUCUUUCCUUCUGAUCAUUCUUCACCAAACUGAUCCCAGUUGCAGACAAGGUAAUUACCUUGGACAUAUACUUGCUUAAUAAAGUUUUAGGGGAGCAUGAGAAGUU